CUGAUCUGAUGGGACAAGAUCCUGAUGAGGACACAACUGCACCUCAUAACAAAACUGGUCAGAGGAAGCAUUCAGAGGGGGUUUUAUCAGUAGAUAUACAUGCAAUAGGAGAGAAGAGACACUUUAUGUGGGAAACAGGGGCUACAAGCCUGGAAAAUGACUCACCUGAAGCGGUUCCGAAGUAUCCCCAUGUCGAAGUCAAUGAGGAGUUUGUGUAAAGAGGAAGACUAUGCAUUUCUGGGAACAUCAGGAGGCUUCACUAAAAGCUCCACAGAAAACAAGGUGCAUUUGGAGGACGACUGGAAGGAAAACAAAGAUGCAAGGGCCCGCCGGCGUUUGGCAUGGGAGCAGCAGGAAAGAGAACGACUCAGAGCAAUAGAGGAAAGCAAGAAGGAAAAGGAGCAGCAGUGGAGGACUCACAUAGCAGAGGUGACCUGCAGCCAGGAAAAGACUCUGCAGGACCGGCUGACCAGAAUCCACAGAUUCAGGGAGUUCCAAAGGAAGAUAUUAGCAGAGGAGGAAGGGAUGGAAGGCCUGGCUGCUGACCAACUAUUCACAAAGAUGUAGAGGCUUCACAGGAAACCUGGAGAUUUGCUUUAAUCGCCUUAAAUAUGACUGGAUGUGAGCAUUUAAAAAAUGGCAGGGUGUUGUGAAAUUGUAGAGAAGUAAUAAAUUUAAGUUAAUAAGACUAGAUUCUAAAGGAUGAGCUGAGUUUUAGCGCAAAAUAUAAGAAAAAAAGUAAGAAAUCUUUAAAAGUGUAGUUAUUAUGUCCAGGCAGGACUUUAUAACUUAAUCUAAUAACUUAUACAAAUUAUAGGACCUUAUACAAACUUCAAAGUGAUGCAAAGAAAAAAAAGUUAAAAACGCUUCAUUUCUAUUUAUUCGUGCAUAAAGAGAGAAGAAUCCUUAAGCUAUUAACUGUAUUUUAAAACAAUCCCAUCAGCCCAGAAUUAGCCAUAAAUAGAUGGACAUUUGACAUGUUCAAAGGUUUUAACAUUUGAUGUAAACUCCAUCAAUGUUUGUUUUUUCCACCAAGUUUUACAAGGACUCAAUGUAUAUGUUUUAAAAGCUGCUGCAAUGAUUUUGAAUCUGUUUUUACUCUGGUAACACAACAGCGGUCCAAGAUCCAUUCCCUCUCUGGCUUCAGAUGAGAAAAAAAAAGUGUUUCUGAGUUACAGUGCCGCCUGGAUUUGUAUGGAAAACAGAAAACAAGCAUUAAAACUCCUAUCUGCAUUUCAGUCCUA